GGCGUCCGGAAACAUCUCAAAAGCUGGAUUUUCUCCGUUUCAAUUUGUAGCAAUCCCCUCCCUUGGGAAACCUCAUGUCAUGACUGGUGAGGAUGCCUCGGCACUGGAGCCUGCUUUCCAAAGAAAGUCCCAGUACGGAUUCAGCUCUUGUGCACAUUACUUGACAGCCUCUCAGCUUUUCGGCCAAGUUCGAGGACACCUGUUUCGAUUCAGAGUCAUUGCUCCAAAUUCCUUAGCAUUUGUUAGCUUGGUAGAGUCCCCUCUUCAUUCCGUCACAAAUUACGCUUUACCUCACCCAAACUCCAAGAACCAUCACAAGGACCCAGUUCAUCAUCAUCCAACUACCACCCAGAGUACUGCAAUACCUAGACCAACGAUUGUUAGUGGUGGAAUUGCCGGGAAAACUACGUUGCAGGCGUACGGGAAGAAGAGUGUUGGAUCCAAGAUGACGUCUCACGAAUGUCCCGCGGAUUUCAUUCGACCUGACCUGCCUAGCCGUUGUACUUGGGCUAUUGGGAAGCCAAUCUCUGAGAGCCCGCAUUCACGUGAUUGCCCGAAAAAGCCUAUCAAAAUCAUGCCCAAUGUGUUGUACAAUGUGGGCAAUACUCCACUCAUCAAGGUGAAUAAGAUUGCAGAAUCUGAGGGCAUCAAAUGUGAACUGUUGGCCAAAUGUGAGUUCUUUAAUGCGGGUGGAAGUGUGAAGGAUCGAAUUGGCUUGCGAAUGGUGGAGGAUGCCGAAAAAGCCGGAGUGAUCAAACCCGGAUACACCAUCAUUGAGCCAACCUCCGGAAACACUGGCAUUGGUUUGGCCAUGGCUGCCGCAGUCAAAGGUUAUCGUUGCAUUAUUGUCCUCCCGGAGAAGAUGAGCACGGAAAAGGUGGAUACUUUACGUGCAUUAGGAGCGGAGAUAGUUAGAACUCCAACCUCAGCUACCUUUGACUCACCUGAGAGUCAUAUUUCCGUGGCCCAACGGCUCUGCAAUGAGAUCCCCAAUGCCGUCAUUUUGGAUCAAUAUCGAAAUCCGGGCAAUCCACUGGCGCACUAUGAUACCACUGCCGAAGAGAUUCUCGACCAAUGUGAUGGAAAGGUUGACAUGCUCAUUGUGGGGGCUGGAACUGGCGGAACAGCCACGGGCAUUGGUCGGAAAAUGAAGGAGAAAUGCCCAAGUUGUAAGAUUGUGAUUGUGGACCCCGAGGGAUCCAUCCUGGCUGAGCCUGAGUCACUCAAUAAGACUGAUGUGACCUAUUAUGACGUGGAAGGGACGGGAUACGAUUUCAUACCCACCGUUCUGGAUCGUUCCGUCGCCGAUAAGUGGAGAAAGUCCAACGACAAGGAUACGUUUCGAAUGGCCAGACGUCUCAUUAGAGAAGAAGGCUUACUCUGCGGAGGAAGUUCGGGUGCAGCCAUGGCCAUCGCGGUGGACGAAGCCAAAUCGUUAAAAGCGGGUCAAAAAUGUGUGGUGGUUUUACCCGAUUCUGUUCGGAACUACAUGACCAAGUUUUUGAAUGAUAAUUGGUUGGCUGAGCGCGACAUCAUUCAGCUGAAGGAGGAUGAAAAGCUUUGGUGGUCGAAUUUGAAGGUCUCUUCAUUGGAGCUGAGUGCCCCUCUGAGUAUCCGACCUACGCUAAAGGUCGAGGACACUAUCAAGAUCAUGAAUAAAGAGGGCUAUGACCAGCUGCCUGUGAUUGACGACAAAGGGAAAAUUUGUGGAGUGGCUACUUUGGGAAGUUUGAAAACGAAACUUCUCCGAGGAAAGGUGGAACGAUUUGACCCAGUGGAAAAGGCCAUUUACACGACUUUCAAGAAGGUGACUCUGGAUACCAGCUUGGAGAAAUUGGAUCGCAUCUUGGAUAAAGAACACUUUGCCCUCGUGGUUCAUUCUCAACGUCUCUAUACUUCGGAUGAAGAUGUGGAAACUCGAGAGGUGAUUGUGGGCAUCGUCACGGAUAUCGAUUUGCUCCAUCACGUAACCAAGAAAGAAGAUUUCGCUGGUAGUAGCCGAAGUCAAAGCGAGGGAGACGAUUUGUGAUCUCCUACCCUCAAAGUAACUUCAAGAUCAAAGACGAUCGUUUCAAAAGAGUACCAUUUAUUACAUGUUCAUCUCGUUUUACGAACGAAAUAUAAACACAUGGAAAUCGUCA